UCGGCCGGUGCCUGCAUGUCCGCUCUGUGCGAUCCGGCGGGGGUAGUGGGGCCUCCGGGGUCCGCCCCGAGCCCCAAACCGGCCGCCGCGCCUCCGUCGCUCAGGAUGCCCGCAGUGGUGUGGUUGAUUCUUUUCCUGACCGUGGUGUCAGCGGUAGACAAAAGCAACUUCAAGACCUGUGACCAGAGUUCCUUUUGCAAGCGUCAGAGAAACGUAAAACCUGGAAGCUCCCCUUAUAGGGCGCUGCUGGAAUCCCUGCAGCUCAGCCAAGAAUCGAUGAAAGUCCAGCUUAUAAAUGAAGCAAGCAAGGUUCCUCUCCUCCUGGAGUUUUACGGCUUGAAAGGAAACAUGACCCGCCUUCGGAUUAACGAAUUGACGCCCCUCAAACCCCGCUAUGAGGUACACGACGUCUUAAUCCAGGACCCUCCCACCUCCAGCUUGUCUGUCACAGGCCGCGACGAGAACAGCGUGGAACUCUCGCUGGAAGACGGGAUCCACAAGGUGAUUUUGACGGCAAAGCCCUUCCGCAUGGAUUUGCUGGCCGGGCGGGAGCUGGUGUUGAGUGUCAAUUCCCGAGGCCUGCUGGUGUUCGAGCACCUGCAACAGAGAAAGGACUCUUUCUCGGAUAAAGUUAGUGGCACGGUCGUUAGCAUUUGGGAUAGGAUCACGAACGUUUUCUCUAGCACGCCGGCGAAGGAACCCGAGUCGGAAGCGGGCGGGGAGCCUGACGACACCGCCAAUCCAGCUUUGCCUUCGGAAGAGGAAUCUGCAGAGAAAACCGAGCAGCCUGAAGAUGCCUCUCAAAAGAAUGCAGAAGAGGAUCUGGGAUCCUGGGAAGAAACUUUUAAGACCCACACGGAUAAAAAACCCAACGGGCCAACGUCGGUUGGGCUCGAUUUCUCGUUCCCGGGAGUGGAGAACGUUUACGGUAUCCCGGAACACGCAGAUAACCUCCGUCUUCGAACCACUGAGGGCGGGGAUCCGUAUCGCCUCUAUAAUUUGGACGUCUUCCAAUACGAACUCUACAAUCCAAUGGCUCUCUACGGGUCGGUCCCGGUGUUGUUAGCUCACAGCACUCAACGCACCCUUGGCAUAUUUUGGCUCAACGCAGCCGAGACUUGGGUGGACGUCACCUCCAACACAGCUGGGAAGACCAUGUUUGGGAAGAUGCUGGAUUACAUACAAGGCGGAGGAGAGACGCCCCAGACGGACGUUCGCUGGAUGUCGGAGAGCGGGAUCAUCGAUGUCUUCCUUCUGCUGGGACCUUCACCCGCGGACAUUUUCAAGCAGUACGCAUCCCUUACAGGCACCCAGGCUCUGCCUCCGCUCUUCGCCCUGUCCUAUCACCAGAGCCGCUGGAACUACAACGACGAGGAAGACGUGGCCGCCGUGGACAACGGCUUCGACGAGCACGACAUCCCCUGUGACGUCAUCUGGCUGGACAUCGAGCACACCGACGGCAAGCGCUACUUCACCUGGGACCCCAACAAAUUCUCCCACCCGCGGGAGAUGCUUCAGCGGCUGGCGGCCAAGAGGAGGAAGAUGGUGAGCAUUGUAGACCCACACAUCAAAGUCGACACCGCCUACCGAAUCCACAAUGAAAUUCGCUCCCGGGACUUUUACGUCAAGACCAAGGACAGGAAUGACUACGAAGGCUGGUGUUGGCCAGGUUCAGCGGGCUAUCCGGAUUUCACCAACCCCCAGAUGCGCUCCUGGUGGUCCAGCAUGUUUGCUUACGACCAAUACGAGGGCUCCAUGGAGAACCUUUACACUUGGAAUGAUAUGAACGAGCCUUCGGUCUUCAAUGGUCCUGAGGUCACCAUGCACAAGGACGCCGUCCAUCAAGGGGGCUGGGAGCAUCGCGAUGUCCACAACCUGUACGGCUUCUACGUGCAAAUGGCCACCGCAGAGGGACAGGUGCAGCGGUCCGGCGGCAUGGAGCGCCCCUUCGUCUUGACCCGAAGUUUCUUUGCCGGUUCACAACGUUACGGGGCUGUGUGGACGGGGGACAACGCAGCCGAGUGGGACCACCUAAAGAUCUCCAUCCCCAUGUGCCUGAGCCUGGGUUUAGUGGGCAUCUCUUUCUGCGGAGCCGACGUGGGUGGCUUCUUUAAAAACCCGGAACCGGAGUUGCUGGUGCGUUGGUACCAAGCUGGAGCCUAUCAGCCUUUCUUCCGGGCGCAUGCGCACGUGGACACCACCCGCCGGGAACCCUGGCUUUUCGGCGACGAGAACAAGGCUCUGAUCCGGGAGGCCGUCCGCCAGCGUUACGCUCUGCUUCCUUUCUGGUAUACCCUCUUCUAUCAGUCUUACCGGACUGGCAAGCCGGUCAUGAGACCGCUUUGGGUCGAAUAUCCCCAAGACCCUACCUUGUACCCCAUUGAUGAUGAAUACCUGCUUGGCGAUGCAUUGUUGGUUCAUCCAGUAACCGCACAAGGAGCGCGGGGGGUACAGAUCUACUUACCUGGUAAAGGAGAAGUUUGGUACGACGUCCACACCCACCAGAAACUCCAUGCCCCACAGACGUUUUAUUUGACGGUCACCAUGAGCAGCAUUCCUGUCUACCAGCGUGGGGGCAGCAUAGUGGCUCGCAAGGAGCGUGUCCGGCGUUCUUCGGACUGCAUGCAGAAUGACCCAUACACGCUCUACGUGGCUUUGGGGCCUCAGGGAACCGCCCAAGGGGAACUUUUCGUUGACGAUGGGCACACAUAUAAUUUUGAGACGAAAGGAGAAUACCUGCACCGCCUCUUCCGUUUCUCCGGCAAUGUGCUGACGGCCAGCUCGGCAGAUCCAAAAGGCAGCUAUGAAACCCCGGCCUGGAUCGAACGGGUGGUGAUCCUCGGAGCGGGAAAACCGGGGGCCGUCUUCCUCAAACAACACGGAGCGGGCGAGACGCGGCUGGAUUUCACCCACGAAGCCGAGACCUCCGUUCUAACCAUCCGCAAGCCCGCCGUGAAUGUUGGAGAAGACUGGAGCAUCUCGCUACGAUAAUGGCACGAGGCGGGAGGGGGGGCGGGGGAGACAAGAAUUAGCUGGGCAGAGAGGCAGGGAGAUGUUGUGGGGGGGGGGUGUUUGAGGAGCUCCAGGUCAGGAUCCUAUCUCCCCCCCAUCCAUUGGGUAGAUAGAUCUGGAAGCUCCCCGCUGUAUCUCAGGUCCAGUGUCCCAGUUCAGAAGGCAUGAAAUGGAAGAGGGAUUCCCUUCCCUUCCCUUCCUCCCUCUGGCCUUUUUAUCCUUCUCUUCCUCCUUCUUUCCUUCCCUCUGCUCCAGUCCCUCCCCUGUCUGUCUUUUUUCCUUCCUACUUUCUUCCUCUCUCUUCAUCCCUUCUUUUUCCUUCUCUUCUUCCCUCCCUUUUACUUCCUAUCUCUCCAUUCCUCCCAUCUUUUCUUUCCUCCUUCCUUCUCGUCCUCUCCUCUUCCUUUCUUCGUCCCUCCCUCCUGCCCUCUUUUCUGUUUUCCUUCUCUUCUUCCCUCCCUUCCUUUCCCAUCUCUCCGCUCCGAUCUUUUUCCUUCCUCCUUUUCCCUCCUCCUCUCCUUUCUAUGUUCCUCCUUUCCUCCCUCUGUCCUUCCUUCCUCUUUCUUUUCCUUCUCUUCUUCCCUGCCUUUCCUUCUUUCCACUCCACCCUCCCGUCUCUCUCGUUCCUCUCUCCCCUUCUCUCUCCUCUUUCUCUCCCCUAUCUAUGUAUUCCUCCCUCCCUCCUUUCUUCCCUCCCUCCAACUUUUAGCAAUAUUUGCUGUAAAAUGAGGACUUUUCCUGGCGACGCUGGAUUGCAAUUUUCCCUUAGGGGACUGGAGGCCAAGGCGCACACCCACCCACCCUCUCUCUCCCCCCCCCCCACUCCAAUUAUUUUUUCUGGAAAACGCAAAGCCAAGAUUUGCCUUUUUUCCAAAGUUGGUUGGGCCUAGCUCUCGUUCUCUGCACCCCCUUUCACCCUUCAUCUCUGCCCCGCACGUUCUGGCUGAAAUUUUAAAUCGGUUUCUGGACCAAUUUGGGGGUGGGGUGGGGGAACUCAAACAGAAAUUCACUUGACGGUUGACGAGGACUGCCUUUUCAACCCCUUUCCUCGCCAGCCAGCCGGCCAGUGUACUACAAUUCCCUCCACAAUCCCUUACGCAGCCCUUUCGCAGUUUCGCAAGAACUUGUGUGUGCGCAGCCAGACCACAAAAACCUCACUCUAUCAUCCCUGCCCCGUCCCCAGGAGGCUCUUCUGACUAAAUCCUUCGGGUGGGGGGGUUUCCCCCCCUCCCCCCAGACUGGAGAGUGUGUGUAUGUGGGGGUGUGUGAAUUUUCUGUUCUCCAAGAGUGGGAGGUGACCUAGGUGUCAGUCAAUCACUGUCACUUCUAUUUAUGGCGACUUUUUUAAAAAAAAUUUGGGCGGGGAAGGCAGACCAGACAGAUCAUGUGAAGAUAAAAAGACAGGUGUCGUUAUUGUUGUUUAGUUAGCAGACUUAAAUCUUGAGCCGAAGUGGAAAAUGGCGGUCCUUCCCGCGGGACCCAAGGAAACAUGGGGAGGGGAAUUGCGUUUUUUUGGGGGGGGGGAGAGUGCAUGAGCUGCUAGAGAAGCACCCCCCCCCCUUCCUUGCAGGAAAGAGAGAAGCCAGGGGCGCAUUUGCCUGCCGGAAGGGCUGGAAUUUUUUGUUUUUUAAUUAUUAUUCCUUUUUAGCUGCUCUGCCUCCUUCCCUCCCUUUCCUGCCUUCCGGCUUCGCUUCUGCCUACGAGCCAGCAGCUUUCGUUUUGUGGUUUGUUUGUUUUUUUGUUUUUUUAAAAAAUGAUUAUCUGUCGAUGUCUGUGGAUUAACAUUCCUGAUUCUGGCUGGUUUCUCCCUUAAUAUGUGUUUGCCAGGCGAAAUUUUUAAAAAAAGGCACAGAGCGCAGCUUUUAGUUAAAAACUAAAAACAAAAUUCCUUCACACACUCAAACACACGCACACCGAAAUCUUUUCUAUCCCUUCCUUGAUUGUCAUGACAUCCGCAGGUAAAAAGCUUUUACUUGACUUGAGUGUUUUGAUAAAAGAUGGAGAAUUAAAAAAAAUAAAAAUAAAAAUAACGUAAAA